AUGGUCAGAGCAGUGAGUGACGUCCACAUGGUCAGAGCAGUGAGUGACGUCCACAUGGUCAGAGCAGAGAGUGACGUCCACAUGGUCAGAGCAGUGAGUGACGUCCACAUGGUCAGAGCAGAGAGUGACGUCCACAUGGUCAGAGCAGUGAGUGACGUCCACAUGGUCAGAGCAGUGAGUGACGUCCACAUGGUCAGAGCAGUGAGUGACGUCCACAUGGUCAGAGCAGUGAGUGACGUCCACAUGGUCAGAGCAGAGAGUGACGUCCACAUGGUCAGAGCAGUGAGUGACGUCCACAUGGUCAGAGCAGAGAGUGACGUCCACAUGGUCUCCGCUUAA